UCAUUUCUUAUAAGGUCCAAGGAACAUUAAUAUGUUAUAUAAAUAAUAAAUGGUAGAGGACAACUACAUAUAUAUACAAAGUUCAGAAGAAUCAUAUAUGUGUAUGUUAUCUCUUUCAUUUUCCUCUUUUUUGUGUGUGUAAUUUAAGAAAGAAGAGGAAAAUUCUAAGAAGAAAAAAUGGAUUGUUGUGUGUGCACAACUAUGCCGUUAAUAUUAAGGCCUCCAAGGAAUACAAUAUGUGGAUCCUGCUAUGAAGGAGUUAGAAGCAUAAUCAACAUGAUGAACGAUCUUGAAAGUGACAAAACAAAAGCAAUCACUACUCCAACUGAUUCUCCGGUUUCGCGGCGAAAUUCGAGUAAGACACUUGAUGAUUGCAUAAAAUUGUGUUCAGAACAAAUAGAGAAGUUUAAUCAACAAAAACAAGAUUUGGGUUUUCUCAGAGGCUUUCUUGCUGCAUUCAAAGAACAAAUUCAUACAGAUAUAUUGAUUUGUCCAGGCAAUCAUGGUCCACCGAUUCCUGCGCAUAAAUCCGUUUUGGCUGCAAGAUCAGAAAUUUUCAAGAACAUGCUAGAGAGUGAUGAAUGUAAAGCUGCACCAAGUUGUAACACAAUAACUAUACCAGAUUUGAAGCAUGAAGAACUAGAAUCUCUGUUAGAGUUUCUGUACAGUGGAACAUUGGCUUUGGAAAAAUUGGAGAAACAUGUGUAUGCUUUGUCACAAGCAGCUGAUAAGUAUAUUAUUCCACACUUGUUGAAAUACUGUGAAAGAUUCUUGCUUAACUCAAUAAGCAGUUCUAAUGCAUUUGAGACACUAGAGAUUGCUGAUACUUGUUCAAACCAAAAUUUGAAGGAGACAGCUUUUAAUUUCUUAGUUAAGAAUAUUGAGUUUAUGGUUUCUUCUCCUAAGUUUGAAGGUUUUGUGCAUAGGUGUCCACAUUUAACUGUGCAGCUAGUUACAAGGGCAUUUGUGAAUGGUUCCAAAUAAUUGAUUGUGUUUUUGAAUUUGGUUUAUUCCUUGUGUAGCAGAAUAACAUGAUUCUUGCAUUGUUUUCAGUAUGGCUUUUUCUGUAAAGUUAGUCUCUGGUUUGUAAACAUGGUAUAUCCAUUUUUUUUUGUUAUACGACUUCUUUUUUACUUUA